AUGUUUCAUCCCAUCAACACCAACAACCCAUCACCACCACCCAACACAACCAGCUACCACCCACCACCACUAACCACCCAUCACCACCAAACACUACCACCCACCACUCACCACCACCACCAUCCACCAACCAUAAUAUACCACCCAUCACCAUAUACCCACCACCAUCCACCACAUACUACAACCACCACCACCAUCCACCAAGCACUACUAACAACCACACAUCACCACAACCUACAAUCUAAUACCACCACCCACCUCCAUAUCCACCCGUCACCACCGCCAACGACCACCCACCUCCACCAUCCCACUCAUCACCCUAUAAAACCACCACCCAUCAUCAACCCACCACCACCAUCACCACUCAUCACCCUCACCCGCCUCUACUAUUAUCAUUACCACCAUGCCACCCGCCACUCCCACUACCAACCACCACCUACAACUACCACCUAUCACUGUCACCCACGUUCAUCACCCACUACCCCACCCCCACCUUCAUGUACCACCUAUCACCGUCAACCACCACCACCCACCACUAGCACCAACCAACACCUGCAACCACCAUCAGCACCACCUGUCACCCGUAACCACCAUCCACCACUACCACCAAUCAUCUCCGCAACCACCAUCAUCACCACCCGCCUUGCCAACUUAUCACCACCACCUUACACGACACCUAUCAAAAUCACUCAUCACCCCUACCACCCCCAACACCAACCACCAUUACCCAUCAUCUCCACCCGACUCCACCGCCCCACCCACCAUCCGCCACCACCAUGCCCACCACUAACAGCCACCAUUAUCCACAACCAUCAUCACCACCAUCACUUACCACCACCACCCACCACCACUAAACAUCACCACCCACCACUCCACCUAUCACCACCAAACAUCACCACACGUCACUACUAUCCAUCACCAACACCCUUCAUUACACAUCCAUCAACACCACAACCACCGACCCACCAACCCACCAACCACCCACCCCAAUGGUUGUUCUCAUAUAAAUAA